CUUUCUUUUCUUUUAUGGAUUUCAAUCAUUUUUUGUUUUGUUUUUGAAACGUACAAAAUUUGGAAAACAUUCUAUUAUUAAUCAACCAAGGAGAAUCGAUUGUUUUAAAAACAAAAAUUAUCGAACAAGACAGAAGGAAAGAAAUUUUUUUAUUUUUUUUUUUGGAUCCAAUUGGCUUCACUAUCGAUCGAAUCGAAUUCAAUCAUAAUUGAAAUUGGAAAAUUUUUGAUUUUUUUUUCACACACACACACGCACGCAAACAAUCCAAAUUUGUAAAACCGAUUUUUUUUCUCAUUAUUAUUGACAUACAAACACACACACACACACUAACAAACCAACGAUAACGAUUUGGAAAAAUUUUUCUUUCUGAAACAUAUUACAUAUUGGAAGGACACAUUAUCAUUUUGUAUGGAAUAAUUUUUUCGAAACGAAACAAAAAAGAAAAAAAAAUGUCGAUCAUAAUACGAUUACAGAAUCUACCAUUGGAAGCAAAUUCAUUGGAUAUACGAAGAUUUUUUCAAGGAUUACAAAUACCCGAUGGUGGUGUACAUAUUGUUGGUGGUGAAAAUGGUGAUGCAUUCAUUGCAUUUGCUAAUGAUGAAGAUGCACGACAAGCAAUGGAACGUAAUGGUAAUAUUAUAAAAGGAUCAAGAAUUAAAUUAUUAUUAAGCUCAAGAAAUGAAAUGCAACGUGUUAUUGAUGCUGCACGUAAUCAAACAAUAUCGAUUAUGCCACAAACAGCAUUAUCAUCAGUAGCAGUAGCAGUAGCAUCAGUAACACCAACAAAGCCACAAAUGAUUUCCGGUUCUGUUGGAAAUAUUGGUUCAAAUAUGCCAAUGCAACAACAACAACAACAACAACCACCGCAACUUGUAUCACAAAAACAAUUACAACCACCCAUACCACAACAACAGCAGCAUCAACAACAACAACAACCAUUACAUCCGGGUAAUAAUUAUCCAACACAACAACAACAACCACAAUAUCCGGCUACUACAGUACAACAUCAACAACCGCCACAACCAUUAUCUAAUCCAACUGGUGGUUAUUAUCCUGGAUCUAUGCCCGUAAUGAUGGCUGCUGGUGGUGUUGGUGUUCCAUCACAAAUAGCUAGAUAUCCGCCACCACCAUCAUCCAUGCAAUCACAACAAUUAUCUCAAUCAUCACAAUCAACAAUUGAUUAUCAUCGUGGUCCACCACAACCACCAUCAACUUAUGGUCAUCAUCGACAAAAUGAUCGUCAAGAAUUACAAUCAUAUCGUAGACGUAGUCGUAGUCGUAGCCGUAGUCCACCAUCAAUAAAUCGUUCGGAAAUUGGUCAUCAACAACGUUAUUCUUCUGAUCAAAUAAAAUCCAAUACAUUAGAAUCAUCAUCAGCAAAUACAAUGCAAACUGGAUUGAUGCGAUCAUUACAACCAUCAUCACAGCCACAAACAUUAAUUGGAUCCAAUAACAAUAAUAAUAAUAAUAAUAAUUUAGAUCCACGAUAUUCAACAACAACAAAUUAUACACAACAAUUAUCACAACAACAGCAACAAGAAUCUUCAUAUGGAUCAUCAUAUAGACAACAACCAAAUAUUAUGCCAGGUGUAUCAAACAAUACAAAUACAAUUGAUGGUGAUCGAGAUGGAAUAAUAACAGGAAUAGGACAACAACAACAACAACGAGGAUGGAAUGAUAAUAAUAAUGGGAAUAAUAAUAAUAAUUAUCGACAAACAUCUGUCGUUGAUUAUAAUAACCGAAAAAUGGAUUCGAUUCAUCAACCACCGAUGCCUCAAUCAUCUGCAUAUGGUCAACUACCACCACCACCACAACAACAACAACAACAAUCAACAAUGAUGAUACCACAAUCAAUUCGGCAGCCACAACCACAACAACAGCAACCACAACCACCACCACCACAACAACAUCAAAUGUUUACAUUACAAUUGAAUGAUUUACCAUUCAAUGUAAAAUCGAUAGAUUUGAUAAAAUUUUUUCAACCAUUAUUUCUUGAUGAAGAUAAUAUCAAAAUAUUUUAUGAUUCAAAAGGAUUUCCAACAGGCAUUGCAUUGGUACGUUUUGGUUCACCAAAAGAAUGGGAACAAGCAUUAACAUAUAAUAAUCGUUAUCUAUGUGAUCGUCGUAUACAAGUUCAACCAUUGGAUGAUAUUGGUAAUAAUAAUAAUAACGGCAAUGGUAAUGGUCCAUCGAUGACAAAUCAAUCAAAUACUGGUCCAUUAUUACAACAACCACCAUUGAUUGCUAAUCCACCAUUGAAUUCAACAGGUGGACAACGUCCAUUACCACCACAAUCUGAUCCAUAUCGAGAUAAUAAUAAUUAUUAUAGAAAUCCUUCAGAAGAAAUUGGUUCAUUUAAUCGUGGUCCACCACCACCACAACCGUCAUCACAAUUUAAUGGUGGAAUGGGUCCACCACCACCACCGCCAUCCUCAUCACAAUCAUCAUCUCAUCAUCAUCAUCAUCAUUCCAAUCAUCAUCGUGGUAAAUAUCAACCACGUUUUAAAGAAAAUGCUCUAUUCAUGAAAGGAUUACCAUUUGCCAAUUGUACAACAAAAGAUGUUGCACAUUUUUUUGAUCCAAUCAAAUUAUUUCAUAUUGAAAUUGAAUUCGAUAACCGAUCGAAACCUACUGGUAAUGCAUUUGUUGAAUUUCAUGAUCGUCAAGAUGUUGAUCAUGCAAUGAGCUAUAAUAUGCGUAAUAUGGGACAUCGUUAUAUUGAAUUAAUACCGUGGUUAUUGUAUGAACAAUUUGGACCAACUUAUCAUUUGCCAAGUGCACCACCACCGCCAAAAUUUAUGCGUGGUAAUAAUGGUGGUGGCAGAGGAUCAGGAAAUGGACCACCACCACCACCAUCAUCAUGGUGGAGUGGAAGUAGUAACCAUUAUAAUCAUCACAAUCAACGACAACAACAACAACAACAGGGUCCACUUACAUAUUGUGUAUUGGUUCGUGGUCUUGGAAAACAUGUUAGUACACCGGAUUUGAAACAAUUUUUUGCCAAAUCCAAUAUCGAUACAUAUGCCGUACAUAUAAUGUUAACAACGGAUAAAAUGAAUGCUGGUGAAGCGUUUGUUGAAUUCCUUACGAAAGAUGAUCAAAAUCGUGCAUUAGAUAUGAGUGGAUCACGUUUAUUAGGUGAACGUAUCAAUAUACGUCCAGUUGCAUAUGAAAUUGUACGUUCAAGUGUACCGCCACCAAGACAACAACCAUCAAUGCUACAACCACCACCACCACCACCAUCAUCAUCAUCAAAAUCAGGUGGCGGAAAAUUCGGUGGUGGUGGUGGUGGUCGUCGUGGACCAGGACCUAGAACAAAUCAAUCACCAUUACUUGUAUUUGAUAAAUCAUUAACAUUGAUAAUGAAAAAUUUAUCACAUAAAACAAAUGUAGAUGAUUUAUGUAGAUUUUUCAAUGAUUAUCAUAUAACACCGAAUCGAAUAAAGAUUCGUCCAUCGAUAAAAGAUGAUGAUCAUCAUCAAUCAUCGUCUAAUGAUUCAAAAGAUUUGGACAUACAACAGCUACAACAAGCUCAAAAGCUCAAAUACAAUUUCAUUCACGUGCCGAUGUUGAACAUGCAAUUCGUACAUUGGAUAAACAAUAUUUAAAUGAUCGUAAAAUUUAUCUAUCAUUUUUGUGAAAAAAAAACAAAACAACAACAACAACAACCACAACGAUUAUUUCUGAAAUUCUAACAU